AUGGAUCAAAAGCAGAUCGAAGAUGCACUUAGUGAUUCAGAUUUUUCAUUUUCGGAUGAAAGUGUUGAUGACAGCGAUGGCGAUCUUCUUUUUCAACUAUCGGAAUGUGGUGAUGAAUCCAGUGGCGAUGAAUCCCUUCCAGUAUAUCUUAAUGUUGAUAAUGAUAAUAUAUCAUCAAACUGGUAUCCUGUUACAGUAAAAUAUCCCAACAUUGCUGAUUACUGGAGUAAAGCGGAAAGAUGUGAAAAUAGUGUAGCUCCAAAAAUUAUGAGCAGAAACAAAUUUGAACUAAUAUUAGGUUUUUGGCAUUUUGCCGAUAACGAAACAAGUGAUAAGUCCGAUCGUUUGUACAAAAUAAGGAAUAUUCUUGAUGAAAUUAAUUUCAAUUUCGAACAUUUACUUACACCGGGAGAAAUCAUUGCAGUAGAUGAGUCUAUGAUUCCUUUCAGAGGAAGAUUAAAAUUCCGACAAUACAUUCCAAGCAAACGACACAAGUACGGAGUUAAACUAUUCAAAAUAUGUGAUGUUAACGGUUUUACAUACAAAAUAAUUAUUUACGAUGGAAAACAGUCUAUUUCUGGUCAAUCGUUAGGUGAAAAAAUCGUACUGUCUUUAUGCGAAAAAUAUUUAGAAAAAGGUAGAACAGUUAUCACAGAUAACUUUUAUACAUCUGUUCCACUCGCUAAACAACUUUUAAAGAAAAAAACACAUUUAGUAGGGACACUUAGGAAAAAUCGCCGUUAUUUACCUAAAGAAGUCAUCACAAAAAAAAAUUAA